AUGCUCUUAAGACAUAGUAAUUAGAAUUCCAUUAUUGCAAAUGAACCAAAAAAAAGGUAAAAAGUUGCUAGGGAAGGAGAUGAGCUUUAGAAGCAUGAAAACAGAUGGACACCAGAGAAGCCAAAGAAGCAAGUUAAUUAUGUAUUAUUAUCAUCUGAUAGGCCAAUACUUACAAGUAAGAAAAGACUCCUACAUUAUACUAUAUUUCAAGCAGGUUUCUAGUAUGCAUAUAUGAGAGAUGUGGUAAAAUAUUAUUCAUUAUGCAAUACACUAAUGGAGAGUUGCCUCUCCUAUGUAGUAACCUAAUAAUUCACUUUACAUACAAUAUAAUAUUGAAGGAGUAUAUGAAUUAUGCGUUCCUUCUUAUCUAUUGUAAAAACUUAUUCAACUAAUUUAGUAUAAUUCACAGUCUAAGCGAACUUAGGAGCAUUCACAAACUAAUAAUUGUAAAGAUUUUUUUUCCUAUUAAUAAACAUUUAUCUAACAAUUCAGCAAUUUGUAAUUUGAUGAGAAUCUUAUGAAAAGUUUUAAACCACUUACUUAAUGUUAUCAUUUAUCCUAUCUAUAAUCUCUUAAACCAUUAUGGAGUAUAUUAUAGUGAUUCACAUGUGGAAAUCGUGAAACAAUUAUUUUUAGCAUUUAUUUUGGAUAGAAAUUCUCAGAAACCAGUCAUUGUUGCUUCAAUCCAUGGAAGAAUAGAAAUCGAAGAAGUUGCUAAGAUAGAUCCAAACAGUAUCAUCGUAUUACUAAUUGAUGUGAACACUGGAUUAACAAAUCAAAUUGCCAAUAAAGUGAUCGACACUUUGGAAUUGUCAGCAUUUAGAUAAUAAGCAAUUGAAUAAUUGAAGAAUCAAUACAAGAUGUUCAUUUACUUGAUACUACUCAAGUUAAAAUUGAUCCAUGCGUAAUAGAUCCAAUUAAUAAAUUAUUAUUUUUUAUUGAUGCUAAGAUCAAUGUUGAAGACAAUGCUACAUUCAGAUAAAAGAAAUUGGCUGUAUUGAGAAAGACAACUGUUGCAUCUGAAUAAGUAGAUUCUCAUGAGGAAUUGGCAUUGGCAGCUAGAUUGAAAUAUGUUGCCUUAGAUGGAAAUAUUGGUUGCAUGGUUAAUGGAGCAGGAUUAGCUCUGGCUAAUAUGGAUAUAAUCAAAUUUUAUGGAGAAGACCCUUCCAAUUUCUUAGAUGUUAGAGGUGGUGCCAAUGUUGAAUAAGUCAAUGCUGCAUUCGAAAUCUUGAGUACCCAUUGCAUAGUUGAGACCAUCCUCAUCAAUAACCUUGGAGAUAUCCUGAAAUGCAACAUUGUUGCUGAAAGGUAUUAUCAAAGCAGCUUAAUUGGUUAAUCUCGGGACGCCUUUAGUUGUUAGAUUAACUGGAACCAACACUCAACAAGGUAAAUAUUAUAUUCAUUUUUAGGAGCUAAAAUGCUGGAUGA